UCUACCUCUGUACUGAGGCAGAUGAGGGGGGCUGGUCCCGACCCUACCUGCCGCUACACAGCACUGCCGUCACUGGUCCUGUCGUCCGGCCGGACACGCACUGAACAUCAGGUUGGAAACUGCUGGCGGUUUCCGAUCGCACCAACAGUCACGGUUACAAGUGCGACAGAGGUAGACAGCGCUCCGUUCCACCCUGAGAGCGCGUGUUUGAUCUACGACCGCGGUGACCACCGCCCCACGAAUCCACCAUGGUGAUGGGAGCCGCCAACAAGCUGCUGGAGCCGGCCAAGGCCUUCAUCGACGCCGUCCGAGAGCCCUGGCCGUGGGCGAUGGACAACGUGACGGAAAACACCGAUGAACCGCCCCGCGAUCCGGGCGCCGGCCGCGCCCAUCACAGCUACACAGACAAGGACUUUGAAGGUCACCGGGCGCACUCUCUAUAUGUGAGUGUGAACCCGACGGCGCCGAGCGGUCACCAUCGGCCGCACCGCUCGCGACGCCGUCACCAUCGGCACCACAACCACCGCGACGGCGACGACGACCGUCCCAGCGACCCCGUGUACGAGCACGGCCGGCGCGCCAGCCUGAUUGCCGCCACCGACACCCUCGAUCCGCCGCGGCCGCGCCACGGACGCCGCGCCAGCAGCAUCGGCGCCGACGGCGAGCUCUCACUCACUCCGCCGUCACAGCGCGUGCAGUUCAUCCUGGGCGAGGAGGAUGCGGAGGGCAGCGGUCUGGAGCCGCACCCGCUCUUCUCCGAGAUGGAGACGCUGUGUGAGGCCGACGGCGGGCAGAUGGAGUGGAAGGAGACGGCCAGGUGGGUGAAGUUCGAGGAGGAUGUCGAGGAGGGCGGCAACCGCUGGUCCAAGCCGCACGUGGGCACGCUGUCGCUGCACUCGCUGUUCGAGCUGCGGUCGCUGAUCCUGAACGGCACCGUGAUGCUGGACAUGGAGGCCACGUCGCUGGAGCACAUCGCGGACCUGCUGCUGGACAACCUCAUCAACUCGGGCGCCAUCACCUACGACAAGCGGGAGCAGUUUCGGGAGGCUCUGUUGCGUCGUCACAAGCAUCUGCACGACCGGAAGAAGGCGUCUGACGGCAGCUCGGUGGGCGGCAGCGUGGCGCGCCUGCCGCUCAUCCGCUCCCUAGCCGACAUCGGGCGCUCCUACUCCAACGCCAAAAAUCCGGAGGGAGGCGGCGAGUCUGGCCACCAGUCCGGCCACAAGGCGGCCGAGCACCACGGCAGACAUUUCGGCACCCACCUGAACGUGCCGGGCGCGGCGAUGGCGGACAACACGGGCGACAUGCACACCAGCCCGAGCGGCGUGUCGCUGCCGGAUGCCAACGGACACGCCAACGGCACCUCCACCGCCGACCUGGCCAAGAGGAACCUGCAGUUCAUGCGGAAGAUCCCGCCGGGCGCCGAGGCGUCAAACAUCCUGGUCGGUGAGGUGGACUUCCUGGACAAGCCGGUGUCGGCGUUCCUGCGUCUGAGCACGGCCUCACUGAUGGGGGACCUGACCGAGGUGCCCGUGCCCACCCGGUUCAUCUUCCUGCUCCUCGGACCCGUGGGCGGCAUCUCGCGCUACCACGAGGUGGGCCGCGCCAUGGCCACCCUGCUCUCCGACGAGGUGUUCCACGACGUGGCCUACAAGGCCAAGAACCGCAACCACCUGCUGGCCGCCGUGGACGAGUUCCUGGACGCGGUGACGGUGCUGCCGCCCGGAGAGUGGGACCCCACCAUCCGCAUCGAGCCGCCGGCCGCCGUGCCCUCGCAGGACCCCCGCAAGCGGCCGAACAAGGAGGACGAGGAGUUUGACGACGAGGCCGAGGAAGAAAAGUACCGCGUCCAGUCGGGUCUCGUGCGCACCGGCCGCCUCUUCGGCGGUCUCAUCAACGACAUCAAGCGCAAGAAGCCGUGGUACGUCUCCGACUUCAAGGACGCCAUAGCGGUGCAGUCGGUGGCCUCGUACAUCUUCCUCUACUUUGCCUGUCUGACCCCGAUCGUCACGUUCGGCGGUCUGCUCAGUGACGCCACCGGCACGCGGCUGGCGGCCAUCGAGUCGCUCGUCUCCGGUCUGGUGUGCGGCGUCAUCUACGGCUUCUUCUCGGGCCAGCCGCUCAACAUCCUCGGCUCGACCGGACCCAUGCUGGUGUUCGAACAGAUCAUCUACAAGUUCUGCACGACCAACGACAUAGACUACCUGUCGUUCCGAGUCUGGGUCGGCUUCUGGAUCGCGUUCUACUUGUUAAUUCUGGUGGCUCUGGACGCCAGUGCCUACGUCAAGUACAUCACCCGCUUUACGGAAGAGAACUUCGCCACCUUGAUCGCCUUCAUUUUCAUCAUCAAGGCGUUCGAGAAGGUGAUCCACAUCGGCGACCACCACGAGCCGGCCGCCCACCUGUUCAUGCUCUCCGACAACUGCACGUGCCUUCCGGGCGACGACUCCCUGUACGACAACUUCACGUGGCCGGCCAACUUCACCUGGGAUGGAGUUGAACACGCCACCGACUGCCUCCUGACAUUCAACGGCACGCUGAACGGCACUGCCUGCCCGGACGAGCACGACGCGGCGCACCCGCUGCACGUGGCCGAGGAGUCGCUGCUGCACGGCUGCUCGGACGUGUUCCUCAUGUCCAUCCUGCUGUUCCUGCUCACCUUCCUGAUCGCCAUCAACCUCAAGGAGUUCAAGUCGUCGCCGUUCUUCCCCAACAAGGUGCGAGGCUUCAUCAGCGAUUUCAGCGUCAUCAUUGCCAUCGUGUGCAUGACAACGGUCGACUACCUGGCCGGCAUCGACACGCCAAAGCUGAGCGUGCCGGACAAGUUCCAGCCGACGUACCCGGGCCGCGGCUGGGUGAUCCCGCUGUUCAACGGUAACGCCUGGUGGACGGCGCUGGCGGCCGCAUUGCCGGCCCUGCUCGGCGUCAUCCUGGUGUUCAUGGACCAGCAGAUUACGGCCGUCAUCGUCAACAGGAAGGAGCACAAGCUGAAGAAGGGCGGCGGCUACCACCUGGAUCUGUUCGUGCUGGCUAUCCUGGUGGUCAUCCUGUCCAUCCUGGGCCUGCCCUGGUUCGUGGCCGCCACUGUGCUGGCCAUCAACCACGUCAACUCGCUCAAAGUGGAGUCGGAAACGGCCGCGCCCGGCGAGAAGCCCCAGUUCCUCGGCGUCAGGGAGAACCGCGUGACGCACAUCCUCAUCUUCGCCACGAUCGGCCUGUCGGUGUUGAUGACGCCGCUGCUGCGGAUGAUCCCUAUGCCGGUGCUGUUCGGCGUGUUCCUCUACAUGGGUGUCAGCGCGCUCAAGGGCCUCCAGUUCUUCGACCGUAUCUUGAUCAUGUUCAUGCCGGCCAAGUACCAGCCCGACUAUACCUUCCUCCGUCAGGUUCCGCUGAAGCGCGUUCACCUCUUCACGUUCAUCCAGCUCAUGUGUCUGGUGGUGCUCUGGGUCAUCAAGUCCAUCUUCGAAACCUCCAUUCUGUUCCCACUUAUGCUGGUGGUGAUGAUCGGUAUCCGUAAACUGCUGGAGAAGAUCUUCAGUCCGGGCGAGCUGCGCGUGCUGGAUGACGUGCUGCCAGAGUUCAGCCGGAAGAAGAAGCAGGAGGAGCACGACAUGCUGGAGGAGGAGAAGGCGCUGAUGGGAGCGACGGUCGGUGUCGGUGUCGGGGUUGGUGUCGGGGUCGGGCAGGAGGUCGGCAAGCUGCCCAUCAACGAGUCGGGCAAUCUGGAGAUCCCGCUGGCGAGCGGCAACGUGAUGCGCAUCCCGCUCGACUCGUGCAACAUCUCCGAGGAGCUGAACCGCUCCGGCGUCUGGAAGGGCAUCAACAAGGAGAACCAGCAGGGCCGCCGGGACGACGACGACCGCCGAGAGGACCGCAAACACCGCGGUCACCGGCGUCACAAGAGCAGCAAGCGGGAGGCGCCGGCGGACGACUCGAACGCCACGCGGCUCACCACUAUGCCCGAGGAGGCCGAGGAGGAGGAGGACGCCGGCAUCACCAUCAAGGUUGGAGGCAACCACCAUCCAGAAGAUCGAGAGGAUAAACUCUGAUAACUCUAUGAACAAGAAAAGCUCAGAAACUGUAGUGUAACGUCCGCGCAUAUAGUCCGUUUUGGCCGGAGCGACACUGCAGCGCCGCGGUCGGACAGCGCACCACAACUUCCGCGACUGUCCGCCAGGUGGCAGAGGGGUCGCCGGCCACCUCGUCUCCGUCGUUUUAGUGCGGACACAUUGUACCGUCGGCGGGCGGGCGCCAAUGAAGUGGCGCGCCGCCGCGCCGCUGGUGGGGGUGUGUGUUUAGAUGAAGCCCGUGCAGGCCUCGACUCCACCCAGAGAUCAAAUUGGUGUGUCUCUGGCGCCUGCGGCGGGCGUCGCGGUCGGUCGCGCCGAGCAGGAGCCGUGGAUGUGAUCCGGGCUGUCGAGCCGGCCUCUUAGAGGCGGCGCUCCGUGCCGUAGUCGAGUGUUUGGCUUGUGAUAGGGUCGUCGAGGCGUCGCUCCAGACGCCGCCGCCGUCUGGCGCUCGGCGGUCGCGGCCGGACGCCGACGCCGCCAUGUAUCAUUUUAUCGGGUGACUAUCGAGUGGUCCUGGCCGGUUCACUCGCGGUUGCUUUGGUCGGGGAUGGAUGCUGGUGAUGAUGUGCCUGAUUGUACGCGGUGACUAACUCGUGUAGCCGUCUAUCUCGCCGAGCCGAGCCGACUAACCGGCGGCCGCGCACGGCCCGCUCGGACCCGAGCGGCGCUCGUGCCGGCCGCCCCCUCGCAACGAUGGGACGCCGACGGCGCCUACCGGCUCCGUUCGGCCCUUAUUUAUCACAUUAGGUAUUUCGGUAGCUGAGCGAGGCGUUGUGUGGCAGCAUAAAACCCUACAUAUAUGGCGCGAGUCGCCUGAUUGCGUUCCGUUCCGUUUUCGUUCUCGUUCCGUUCCAAGCGCCGUUCUGGCGCUCGCGAUCUCCUGACUGGGCCACCGACCGACCGACAGAUCGACGACGCUCGUCGCAAACGAUAUAUAAUACACCGGAGGUGGCGGGCCGGCGGCCGGCGCGCGGCCGGCCCGUCCAUCCGUCAGCCGUCUAUAUGUAGGGCUUUCCUGUGUGCAUGUGUGUGUGCGCGCGCGUGCGAGUGCGGGUGAGGCGCGUGCAGGUGGUGUUGUAGGCGCGCGGCCACGGCCGAGAGGAGGGGCCGUCAUGUGUUCCGUGUGCUCGACUGAAACUAGGGAGAGACGACAAAAUAAACGGCCUGCGAGCGGA